GGCACUAGCCAACUUUGUACUUACGACUAUUCCCUAGCUCGUUCCCGUUUCGUCUUGCGCUCACAUACGAAUAAUGCAACAAAAAGAACGAGGUCGAAGCCGGUGCUCGAUGUUCGAACGCGGAGGCGAAAAUACACGCUGACACCCUCGCGAGAUCCGUCAUCGUCCUCGUAGGAAAACAACCGAUUAUUCGCGACAUCUAAAUAUCGCUGCGUGGCCACAUGACUCGCCACUCACGAAUCUACGGAAUUUAGGAAGCGUGAGCUUUUUUUAAUAGCCCCGCGAUGUCAUCAUCUCGUUCCUGGUGGGUUUCGUACGCUUCGCAAUGCUAUCGUGUAUAAUCGACCUUUAUCGGUUUUUGUCCUUUCCUCGUAUCUAUUUUUUAAUCGCACAACCAUUUUCUUUCCAGAGAAACGCAAAAUUUCUUACCUAAAAAUAUAAAUGUUUCGAGCGUAAAAAAUUUCAAAAAGCAAUUUCUCGACAGCUAAAAGAAACGGAACGCGCACUCGGUGGUCCGGCAUGAUCGAAGAUGAUCUAGGAUGGGUUAAUAAGAAGCAAAUGGGGGAAAAGAAAAGUCACAUUUUCGAGUCGUGUUGAGUCGCGUCGAGUCGCGUAGCGUCGCGUCGGUGUCCCGUGAGAGAAGCCGAUGUCGCUGCGGGGAGCAACGCGGGGGAGGCAACUCCCGGCAUAGCAUAAAGGUGACUCCUCGCAGCCAAGACCUCCCAUAUGCUACUUAGCGUUCCGUUCGGUUCGGCAAACCUCCUGUCCGCUAGCAGAGAAGGUGUCCGCUCCUUCCUCCGCUAAGAAGCGUUUGUCACUGACUUAACGUAGAUUCGGUCGAUGUUACACGCUGUCAUCGAGCUUUCGAUUCUGCGAACGAAUCCGGAGAGAUCAGCAUCGUUGGUAGUCGUCGUCGUCGUCGUCGUCGUCGUCGUCGUCGUCGUCGUGUGUUUCGAGCCCACUUUCGGACCUGUUCUCCAUUCUGACCAACGAUCCAUAUACGAGAAUGAUAUCGAGUGACGUUCGGUUUUUUCUUUUGGCGAUACUCUUCUUACCGUGUACUUUCAACGUACACGCACACCCGAAUCGCUUCUCCGAAGAUGAUAAUCCCAACGAGGAAGAACUUGUCAACUCCUGGUCUUUGGAUGACUUAAACGAAGGAAGCGAGCACGAUGCUCGUCGAGACGAGGCUCUAGAAAAACUACAACAGGUUCUUGGUAUCCGGAGUCACGGCGAGAAAACAGGACGUCGCAAGGUGCCACCGCAAUUUAUGGUGGAACUGUAUAAUAAUGUAGCAGAUCCCAGUGGUGUCACGCGUGGCAAAAAUCCAUACAAUGCCAAGGUUGUCCGCAGCUUCAUCGAAAGAGAUACCACCUUAUCGCGAUUCUACUUCUUCAACAUCACGGGUUUAGAGGUGGACGAAUCUGUUUUGGAGGCAGAGCUUCAUCUUUAUCGGAAGAGGACACCUUUGAAAGUUAUGCAUCCAUCCACUUUAGCUUCACCCUAUUAUUUGAUAAGAGUAUAUCAAGUCUUGGAUGAGAAAAGUUUAGACGUACCCGAUCUUCACAGGCUGUUGAACGUUAGAUACGUCGGGGCACACGCGUCCGGUUGGCAGAUAUUCAAUGUAAAACAAGCGGUUCUUGCCUGGUUAACUGGAGAACCGAAUCUUGGUCUCUUGGUAACGGCUUCCACUUUGUUCGAGGAUCAAGUAACUGUAGAGUUUUCACGGCGAAACGAGUACCAUCAUAGCAAACAACCGAUCUUGGUACUCUUCGAUGACGACGGGAAAGGACACCGAGGCGAACGUAGCAACAACGAGAGCGAAGAAGCAUCCUACGAGAACGAAGACGAGAAGAAUGAUUUGAAGAACGAGUACGGUGAUAAGAAUGCCGAGAAGCACGAUCGAGGAAAAGGUCAAGCGGAAGAGACUCGAUGGGAAAGCGAGAAUAAAUCUGAAUACUUUCAAAGGCAGAAGAGAAAACAAAUAGGAGAACAGGAUGUGGUGACGCAGACUGCUCGAGUGACCCGAGAUCUUGCAGAAGAGACGCCCAAACGACGUCGAAGGGAAACCAUUUCCUCUUCGAGAAAAUUACAGAAAAACGUUUAUUCGCACGGCUUAACCUCGAUGGACAUAUAUCAACGAGCGAUACGCCGCGAAAGAAUGGGAGAAAGAGUUCGUCAAAGGCCGAUGUCUUUGUCGAAUGAAAAUUUCCGUGAAAAACGGUCGAUUAAAAGUCACGCUUCUGUUCGACAAAAUGUCACUGAAUGUACGAGGCACGAGCUGUACGUCGACUUUAAAGAAAUCGGUCUUUCCUCCUCUAUCAUCGCUCCGCUCGGUUAUUCCGCCUAUCAUUGUAAAGGCAUCUGCGAAUCGCCAUUGAGUCAAGAUCAACAGCCGACAAAUCACGCGACUAUUCAGGGAAUCGUUCACAAAAUGGGACUGGUGAAGGGGGUUGAGAGACCUUGCUGCGUACCCACCAAACUAUUGGGCACAACCAUUCUAUUCUUCGAUGACAAUGAAAACGUGGUCCUGAAAGUUUAUCAAGACAUGAUAGCGGAUCGUUGCGGAUGUCGUUAAGGAUCUCAUGGUCUUUUUAUUCCCCUUGUGAAGGAAGAAGCAGCCGAAGCGUCAAAGUAUGUGUUAAUGGUAUCGAAAAGAAGAAGAAUGCGUGAAUAUGUAUGUGAGGAAAGAGAAAGAAAAAGUGGGAGUGCGCGCGAGAGAAAGAGAGAAAGAAAGAGAGCGAAUGUAAGAGUGGCAGAAUAUCUGAAUCAGGUAAAAAUGAUUUUUACGCAUUAGCACGAGAGUCAUUCCUAAAGAUUCGUCUAAAGAUCGCCGUUUAAUUGACGUCCCAACAUUGUACAUAAGAACAUUCCUAAAUUCGCGUAGAACUAAGCGUAUCAAUGAUUAGAAUGUGUCUAUAUCAUAGCCUAUAUCUUCAUUAAAUUAUUAUUAUAACCACACGUAGGGAAUUAAUCGUCUCGAUCAUUGUAUAUACUACUGUGUCGUAAAAUGAGUUAGAGUUAUUUAUAUUUUAAUUAUGAGAAAUAAAACGAGUAUUUAAGCUA